AACAUUUCCAACACAACCUCAGAUCGCCGCGAUCUCAUGGAGCUGGGGUUCCUUGCAGAGGAGAAUGACUGCGGCCAGUCGCUUCUCCGCCUCGUGAGUCGGGGUUCGGCCAUCAUCGCGGAGUUGCUGCGUCUGUCGAACAACAUUCCGGGCAUCUUCCUCGGGUCGGCCUUCGUGGAAGACCCCGAGCAGCGCAAGUACCUAGACAUCUUGUUCGACUUUGCGUACCUGAAGAACCCUGAGGAGUUUGAAAACCGCGUCAACAGCGACACGGACCUCCUGGACGUCGACGACGAGUUCAUGGGCAACCACGAAGACAUCUUGGACCGGUUUUACCAGUUGUUUGACUCGAUCUACAAGUACAUCCAGGACUUUCUCGCGUUCUGCGAUCAGCUGGAGAAAGGAUUCUUCAUCCAGCACAACCUGGCGAACAUCCUCCUCAACACGGACGGCGCGCAACUCCUCUGUGAAGCGUUGUACCUGUACGGGGUCAUGCUCCUACUGCUCGACCAGCGCAUUCCAGGACCCGCGCGCGAACGCAUGGUGAUUGCAUUCUUCCGCAACAAGGGCGAAUCUGCGUUGGAAAACAUCGACGAAGUGUGCAAACUGUGCCGCGUGACGGGCUUCCUUCCCGGCAGUCCCAAGCCCGCGCAGUACCCCGAGCGAUACUUUAAGCGAUUUGCCCCUCCCAAAGAAGUGGUGAGCAUGGUCAUCGGGAAGCUCCAGACGGAUGACGUGUACCUCCAAGAGCCGGCAUUUCCCCAUCGCGACCACCGCAGCACGCGACUCGCGGCCCAGGCGAGCGUGCUGUACGUCGUGCUCUACUUUGCGCCAGAUAUUUUGAUCCACGAGAAAUCCACCAUGCGCGAAAUCGUUGACCGGCACUUCAACGACAACUUUAUCAUCACCACGUACAUGGGGAACGUGGCCGAUUUGUCCCUGGAAUGGGCACCGUACCCUGCCGCCCGGUUGGCGCUGGCCAACACGCUCGAAGUGUCCAACUUGGUCGAAAUCGUCAAAGCCAAAAUGCACACGAGCGCCUCUAGCAUCGUGUCCUUGACGCACUUUCUCACCGAGGGCGUGCUCACCGAGCAGUACGUUCUCGAGAACAUCGACGCCCUGCUGGACUGCAUCCGCACGGCCAACGUGACGAUCCGGUGGACGAUCCUGCACAGCCGCAUGCAGGAAACCAUCCCCAUGAUGAACCACUCGGGGGACCAGCGCCGAGUUUUCGACAAGGGCACGGACCCUGAUCGCCUCGUGACGCUGCUGCUGCAGACGUCGCAGCUCGAGUGGAAGCUCAAGCACGAGUUUGAACGACUGCUCGCGGCCAAGGAGGACCGGUGGCAGCACUGCAUCAACGAAACAUGCGACCGCCUCUCGGAGCUCAGCGAGUACUUUACGGGCGAGAAACCACUCACCAGGGUCGAGCGCAACGAAGACUUGAUCAAGUGGUUUGCAGACACGUCGGCUAAAGUGGCGAGCUUGGAUUAUGUGAAUCACGUGAAAGCGGGUCGCCGCAUCAAGCGACUGAUUGAGGCCCUGGGCCACGUUGAACAAUUCGAUCAAAUCGACACGUCGCUCCAAGUCAAAGCGUUCUUGUCCGAGUCCCGCGCGUACCUUACGGAAAUGGUGCGCACCGUCCGCGUGCGUCCAGAAGUGAUGGGGAUCAUCGAAGCCGUGUCGGAUUUGAGUUAUGCGUGGGAAAUCAUCAACGACUUUAUGAGCAUCCUGCACACACGGGUGAAACGAGACCCGUCCUGUGUGAUUUUACUACGGGCGCUGUUUCUAAAACUUGCGUCCAUCUUGGACGUGCCGCUGACGCGCAUUUACCAGUGCAAGUCGUCGGACGUGAUCUCCGUGGCCGAGUAUUACUCUGGAGAAAUCGUGGAUUAUGUGCGCCGAGUGAUGGAGAUUAUUCCGCAAAGUGUGUUUCGUAUCCUUGCGGGUAUCAUCAAGCUGCAAACGGAUCAUAUGAAGGUGAUUCCAGUCAAGAUCGAGGCGAAUUUGCUCAAGAACCACGCCCAGUUGAGCGAGCGAUACCGGUUGGCGCGAGCCACGAACGAAGUGUCCAAGUACACGGAAGGUAUUUUGGCCAUGAAAAAGACAUUGCUGGGCAUUCUCGAAGUCGACCCGCGUCAAGUGUUGGAAGAAGGGCUGCGAAAGGAGUUGGUCUACCGAGUGAGCCGUGCGUACCACGACAUAUUGCAGUUUCCACCGGCAGAAUCGACGACAGCAAAGGAAUGCACGGCGAUCUUUCAAACGUUGGCCGGCACGUUGCAAGCGUAUCGGUUGUCGUUCGAGUACAUUCAAGAUUACGUCGGCAUCUAUGGCCUGCGCAUGUGGCACGAAGAGCUGAGUCGGGUGAUCAACUACAACGUCGAAGCCGAAUGCAAUCGGUACCUCAAGAAGAAAGUGUACGAUCGGACGUCGCAGUUCCAGUCCCGCGCCAUCCCCAUCCCCCGCUUCUCGCCGCCUCCGAACGAUCCAAGCAGCAUCAAUUUUAUGGGCCGACUCAUGCACGCGCUGUUUCUAAUGACCGACCCCCACGAAACCGUGUAUUCGUUCCAAUGCCUCACGUGGUUCAACGAGCAAGGCGUCGAAGUCGCCGGCCUCAGUACGUUUGCUGUGCUGCACCAGAGCAUUGGGCUGCUUGGGCUCGUGGGUGUCGACCGCAUGCUUUCGUUUCGUAUCGUGCACACCCUCAACAACUUGAUCAAGUUCUGGGGCACUGCCAUUUCGCCGUACUUGCCGUUGUUGGAUCAACUCACCACGGCUUUGGAACCGGCGUGGCGCCUUCCCGACAACGCCUCGCGGCUCUACGAAGCGUCGUUGAAAAAGGUUGAAAAAGUGAUGAGUAAACUGCUCAAAGCCGUGCUGAUCAUUGGCCAAGCGGCGCUGCUUCGCAAAGCCAUCGUAUCGGAGCUCGCGUUUUCUUCCAAGUUGGACGCCCAUUUGCUUUCGUGCUCCGUGGGCACGCUGGACAAGAGCGUCCUGAACGACCUGCGCGCGCACUUCCGGUCCAACUCGGCCGUGCCGCCCGCGGCCGUGCUGGUGGAGCUCAACAAGUACCUGGAAACCAUGGGCGCCACGGAUCCGUACUCCAAGAUCUUCAUCACGAUGAACGAACCGCUCGACAAACUGUCGGCGUUGUUCCUCUUGUUUGUGUUGGCAUACAUGCCCAAGCUCCAGUACGACGACCAGUGUGGCGCGUUGAAGCGGGUGGGUACGAACCCCGUGGACGGCGCGCCACUUAUCCUGGGGCUGUCGACCAUCUUCAAGCAGUUUCACCCGAGCUACACGGAGCAGUUUGUGUCUUACGUGGGUCAGUACGUCCGCAGUACCAUCAGUGAGGCCAAAACUACCGACCACCUGCCCCCGAACGUGCUCAAUGUGCUCAUUUUCUUGCAGCAUUUCGCUCGCGUGACCAAGUUGAAGCCGUCGAUUCUGCACACGCACAUCCCUGCCUACGUGUUUGACGCCAUGUCGUUAUAAGGUUUGUCCAAAUCAAACAAGUUGACCUGCUACUGUGUGUACACAACUCUGAUACAGGCUCGACAAACAUAUUUUACAACGAGGACAUGCAUAGGAGGAAUUCAUCAUGUUGUGAAUAUACUACAGUAAGGUAGGUUUACGGUAUAAAAUGAAAAUGAUUCUAUUACUGUACUACACCUCUCUGUCCCACUUAUAUUGCUCCAGGCCGCUUUUUCAGCAUUUAAUCAGGAUAUGUCGAUCAAUUAGUGGUAGUAGACAUAAACUAUGUAGUACGACAUACUUUGAAAUAGACAAUUCCUAGACCAAUCAGAAAGUGUCAAAUUCACGUUGUUUGUCCUAAUAUUGUGGAAGCUAUCCUCAAAAGAAAAAAAAGAAUAAUGAUCAAUUUUCGCUGUGCUCAUCAACACGCUCUGAUAAUUCCUACCAAGGUCUGGAUGCCACAGAAAAUGGCAUAAAAUGGCCGUUUUUUGGAGAAUAGGUUCCAAAAUCAAAAUAUUCCAUUUUUCGAGAUUUCGUGCGUCUGGAUGCCACCAAAAAUCAAAAAAUUAUACCGCAAUUUCAUUGAGAAUCGGGUGUUUUAU